GCCAAGUUGCACACCGUUCAUGACUCUGAAGUGAGAUCCUGUGUGGAGAAACCUACCUUGCCUACAUUGACUUGCAGUUUUGAGGCCCGUAAGGCGCUGGCGCGUGUCAUUCCGUUUCCCCAUCUUCGACAACAAAAGCUGAUCGGUCCGUCCGUAUGCACUGAGGCCAUUGGAUACUCCGAGCCAGUUGCGGCUCUGUCAUCUGUGUUCCCUAUACAAAUCCCAUCUGGACUUUCAGUCUCGGUAUUCCGCGCGCUGUAGAUUCGGGACCCCGGUGCCCAUGGAGCGGCAAGAAGUUGUGGUUGUAAACGGCCUUUCGUGUACGAAUUGCCGCAGCAAAAAGCUUAGAUGUAGUCGUGACACACCCAUUUGUGAACGAUGUAGUACACUAAAUCUUUCAUGCCAGUACCCUCAGAGGAGGCCUAGAAAGCGUACGAAGAGGGAGGCCGAUCACCCGAGUGGUACCGACAAUGCUACUCUUUCACUCAUCCUUGAUCGUUUAGAACGUAUUGAGAACAACCGUUCAACGUCAAGUGCCAACCCUACAGCGUCAAGAUCCUAUCAUCGACAAGCUUCUGAAGAGUGCGGUUCCCCAGAGCCCUACUCACCACCGGCCCGGGAUGGAACAAGCCACUCGGCUUCACCUCUCAGUCCACCAUCCAGGGUCGAUUCUAGGAACACACCCUAUCACGAGCGGGACACAUUGCCAUCUCUUAGGCCCCAUGGAUCUGAAGCUUCGCGUCAUCCCGCAGUGCUAGAUGUAGCCGCAACUCUUGGUGACACGUUCGAUCGUGUGCGAGACCAAAGACUGCGACGUACCAUGGGCCACAACACCAUUGCAACCGAAGGUAUCGACAUAUCUCUUGAUAAGGCACGGACUUGGAUUCACAAUUACUUCACGUACAGUCCCACUGAGACAUUCCUCAGCCUUGUGGAUAGGAAAACUAUUGAAUUAAUACCAGACAUGCUCCUGAUGAGGCAUGUCACCCUCGACCCCUGUAUUCUCAUCAUUUACUAUGUCAUUCUGUGGCGGGGAUGCUACAUCCUGAACACGAGGUCUUUCCACAGCCCAGACGGCAGAUACGCGCGGAAGCUCUACCUGUGCUGUCUCAGGACUAUGCCAUGCUGGCAGAAGGAAGCCACCGGUUCAAUCACCGAUUUCAUUGCUGCCAUCUUUAUGACCGGCAUUGCAACAGAAUCCUAUGACUUCGAAAUGAGUCUAGAAAUGCACCAAUUGGCUUGCGAGUAUGCCAAAGGUCUCCAGAUGCACAGUCUCGACAGCAAUGACUACUUCGUAGCCACAGGUUGCCCCAGCACCGACGAGGAUCGGAAGGGCAUGUGGGAACUCAUCCAAACGGACCUCUUCUACCACCUGAUCUACAACAAGCCGGCGACUCUGUAUCCGAGCCUCGACAAAUGGCAAGUAAACUUGCCAUGGCUAUCACUCGACCUACCCCCGGAAAAGGGUGCCCAAGUGUCGACGAUAUCUUUCCUCUUCCGCAGCCGACUUGCAUUCAUCCUGAUUCGCUUCUUCCAGACGCUUGAAGGACUUGAGAACGAGUCAGAAGCUGUCGAGGCUAUCGAACCUCUGUGCCACGAGAUUGAAAUACUGUUUGAUGAAUGGGGAAUCGAAGACUGGAUCGAACGAUCAAGUGACGACCACAUGGAUCUGUGGAUUCUGGCAAGCCUGGUUCUUACCGGCUACACAUCCAUCAUCUUCAUGCUGCGAAAAGCGACCCUCCUCAAAUCAAACUCUCCUGUACCGGUCUGCACCGAUAACAACGUGCCCCGGACAGACUUCUCAACCCGAGCCUCGCGUCGCAUCCUCGACCUGACGUACAACAUGCUCCACGUCUGGAAGUUCCCCGCGGCGGAGACCAUUUCGUACAUCCUUGGCGCAUACCGAGCGCACACGGCCUAUGCCCAUCUGGCGAGCAACGCCAUGAAUGCCCCCAACCCUGGCGACAUGAUUGAGGAUCUGCACUUGCUAGAUCGCGUCGCCCAAGGUAUCGAGACUGCGACGCAGCAGGAAAGCGACUUUCUCCCUUUGGCACGGGAGAUGAAGAGGAUCAAUGCCCAAGUCAAGGAAAAGGUCAAUGGCACUACGAGUGCACGAAAUCCUUAGAUUCAUGUCUAAAAGUUGUCGCAACAGCGUUUGACCAACAUGAAUUUGGCGAAUUAGAUAGGAGACCCGUUCAGCCUGCCUAUACCACAACAUUGGACUUUUGUACAUUAUCUACACAGCCCCU